AUGUCCGACCCGAAUCCACUCCUCCUGCUUGUGCAGCAGCUCCAGCAAGAGCUCCAAAACCAGCGCCUUGAUAUUCAAAACCAGCGUAAUGAAAUACAGCAACUACGUGCGGACCUUGAUGCUUCCCGAACAGAUGUCCACCAGCUUCGUACGCAGCUUCUUUCCGUCCAGACACCCAGAUCCCGCCUGCCAGAUCCGCCUCGCUUUAACGGUAAACCAUACACGCUUCGCACAUGGCUCCCGUCAAUUAAAGCAAAACUUCGAUCAGACCAGCUCCGUCUAUGCCAUAACCCACGGGAACAGCAGGAGGCUAUUCAGCGCUUUACUUCUAUACAACAGAGGGAUGACGAAUCGCUUAUCGCCUACCUUGCUCGUUUUGAACGACUUUCAUAUGAAGCCAAUGUAAACUCAUGGCCAGAUAUAUCACGUGUUACCACGCUACACCGGGGGCUACGGCCUAAUCUCCGUCGAAUACUAGAAGACUCGAAUAAUUCUCUCUUUGAUCUUCCCUAUAAUGAAUAUAUUGAACUUGUCCAGAGUACCGAUCGGCGUACCCGUCCUAGUCCAAAAUCAGCCCCGAAACCAGCUUUGACCCCGAAUACAGACCCAAUGGAUACUGAUCCGGUCCGAGUCAACUCAGUUAAAAUAAACCCCAAUCCUGUUCAUGUUGGCUCUGUGAGAGUAGCCCGAGCUGCUUCGCCUGUUUUAUCUGAUUCUUCUCAUGAAUCCACCACCUCUGACCGCCGCCGUUUCCGACUUGCGAAUAAUUUAUGCCUUUACUGCGGUUCUAAUGAUCAUUGGAUCGCAGACUGCGAUGCCCGCUCUACUUUGUCUGAUACUUCCGAGAAACCUCCGAAAAAGCUUACAGCCCGCGCCAGCAACCCGCCUCGCUAUUAG